GUGGAAGACCCGUGUAACAUUUGAUCUUCUAAGACCAGAAGUUGGGCGUCUUGGGAAAGGUGAAGGUCCCCAGCAGCGAUAUAAAAGCCCAGCGCACCUCGCACCCCCGCCCAGUCCCUCUCCGGGUGUCCACGAGGGAGAAUGUUAGUCCCUGUGGUGCUCGCGGUCGUAGCCGCCGUCCAGGUGGAAUGCGCCCCGAACUACCAUUGGCCGGGAUUUUCGUACGCCCCAACCUACUCGUCCCAAACGUUCAAGAAGAACGCCUACUCCACGGGGGGCUACAACCCCUUCAAGAAGCCUAAGGUGUGGGACCCAGAAGAGACAGAGCGCGCGCACGCCCAGUUCCUUGAGACAUGGCUCCAGCAGGCCCGCCUGGCGCUGGGCGGCACUUCCACCACCGCCAGGACCACCACCGCCAAGGAAGCUGAUCCGCUGGCCGAGGCUGUGGCCGACGCCGCCAAGAAGGGAGCCCCAGGACGACCCCGCGCUGGUGGCCGCCGCCGCCUGCGUGGACGUGGCCGCCCGCGUCCCCGCCAGGAAAAGGGACAGACGCCCGACACGGAGAAACCCGUAGCCGCGGAGCAGAGCACCGACCCGCCGCCCGCCCCCACCACCGAGGCGGAGCCCGAGGUGACCGCGCCGCCCCCCACGGUGGUGGAGAAGGCGCCCGCUCCCGCCCCCGAGCCCCCGACUUCAGAAGCUCCCGCUCCUGCCCCCGCCCCAGAGACCCCUGCCCCCGAGGCUCCCGCCCCCGAGGCCCAGGAACCUGCCCUGCCUGCCAAGACCACCACAGACCAGUACUACAUGGAGUACGACUACGGUGACGCCUAUGGCUACGACUACUACGGCGGCGACUACUACGGCAACGAGUACUACACGCAGGACACUAUGCAGUACGCAGAGGAGGCCGAGGCGCAGCUCGGCAAGCAGCUCACGCCCGUGGUGAUCGAGGCCGUGGUGGAGAAGACCGAGGCCCCCAAGCCCCCGUCUACCCCCGAGCCCACCACCACCACCACCACCUCAACCACCACCACCACCACUACCGAGGCGGCACCGGAGCCCGUGAGGCAGGAUCCCAUCCUGCAGCAGGUGCAGUCCAUCGUGGCAGAGUACGCGCAGGAGUCGGCGCGCCAGGAGUCCUCCGUGGUGCUGCCGCAGGAACUGAGGAGCAAGUACGCCCAGGUGGAGUACGGCACCGACGCCUACGUGGAAUACGACCCCUACGACUACUACGGCGACUACUACUACGACGACGGGGUGGUGGACUACACCGAGGCGCUCACCACCGAGGCGCCCACCACAGAGGUGCCCACCACUGAGGCGCCCACCACCACCACGACCACAACCACCACCACCACCACCACUCCUCCCCCCACCACGACCACCACCACCACCACCACACCCGCCCCCACCACCACCCCCGAGGCUGCCCAGCCCUCCCCAGUGGUGCGUCCCCGCCAACGCGGCAGAGGGCGCCGGCCCGGCAGGAGGCGCCCCGGGCGGCCCCGCGGUGAGGGCCCUGAGAGCCAGACGCAGCAACCCGAGGAGAGCACAACGGGCGCGGACGGCGAGAGCGUGACAGAGAUCACUACGGAGAUCAUGCUGGAGGUGGAGAAGCUCAUGGAAGAGGAGGCGCGCCAGCGCGGCGGCAAGGCGGGCGGCGGCAGGCGCAGGGGCCAGGGACGCGGCCGUGCCGGGGGCAAGGCCCUCGGUCAGGGUCGCCCCAGGGGCCGCGGCAGAGGCAGACGCCCCAGGCCCAACGCCUCUGCACCUGCGCCCCCGAAGUUAGCCCUGGACUUGUCCACUCUGGCCACGCCACGCCCCACUUCGCGCCCAGCCGCGCCCCGCCCCUCUAUCCCCGCCCCGGUCAACCCCAUCGCCCCUGACUACACCCUGAAGUACUUCCCCACCUCCCAGAGCCACUUCUUCGUGUCCACAGCCAUCGGCGGUGGUGGCGGCGGCGGCAGCACCAGUCUGUGGUAGCCGCUCAUCGCACCGCGCCACGCUGCGCCGCGCCGCCCCGCCACGCCACGCCGUUGGCUCUGUACAUACUCCUCUUCACCUCCGCGGUGACCUCCUCACUCCCCACGCCCCAUCACAGCCUCACGAUGCCCCGUGCCCCGUCACCAUCAUGCAGCAUUACCGCCCCCCUCACCCCCACUGAUACCCAUCUACCCAGUAGUUGCCCCCUCCCCCUCGCACCCCUCCACGCCCGUUGUACAUACUGUCCCCGGCUGCUGUUGUACAUACCCCCCGCCCCCCCACCGCCCCGACUUGUCGUUUUGUAUGUUAAGAGUAAAAAGACACCUAGAA